CUAAUUAAUUUUGUUACAUAACAGCUCAAGGGACCUUUUGUUCCAUUAUCCCGGGCCUCCUAGCUAUGGCAGUAAACAAGCAGUCCAGAAGAGCAGAGAGCCUGUCCAUCACCAUCUCAAAUUCAGCAAAGAAGUACUCUGACUUCAGCCACACAGAACCACAAGUACAGCCAAACUUCUCUCUCUCUAUUCCUAUCGAGUUGCUGCAUCAUUGGUACAUGAACAAGAAGGCAGAAGAGACAUUCAUUAGCUUAGUUAAUAGCAUGGUAACAAUAGUUAAACUAGCACAAAGCGAUCGUCUGGAGAAAAGGCUUGCAGAACAAGCUAGCAAGGUAGCAAGAAGGAUACGGGGGCUAAAAGGAAGAAGGAGGUAUGCCGUACUUGCUGGAGAAUACAACCUCUUCGUGCUUGAUGGAGAAGCAGAAUCGUAUUCUGAAAUUGAGCAGCAACUAUCCACUGAAUCUCCACAGCCAACAACAAUCCCCGAAACAAGUAGACCUACCACAGCACACAUCAACAAAGGCAAAAAAGUUCACGAGGUAUCACCACGACAGGUAAAACGAAAGCUAGCACACUGUAAGAGCUCUGCAGAGCAAGCGCUUUGGUUUUGUGAAUCAUUCGGUCUUCAGCCAGAAUCUUUAGAGCUACGCAAACAGACAGGAUCUCCCAUCAAAUUCAAUUUUUUAUCUAGCCCAUCUCACAAGCCACAACAUCAAACGCCAGCUCUUUCACCAAACGAUUCUGCGAGGGUACAGCAAGCUCUUUAUGUACUUGACAGGUUUGCUGUGAGUGACGAAGCUUAUCAUGAAUUGAGCGUCGCAUCUGAUUUACCACCACUGUACCGAAUCAAGGAUGCUCGCCUCUCAAUUAACAACUCUCUCGACAUCCGACAUCUCGAAGGUCCUUAUCCUGGUGCUUAUAGACCACCGAAAGCUGCAAUCCAGGAAGAGCUAGCUAAGAUCGUUCAUUCAGGGAAAGCUAUCACCCAACCAGUAAAAGUAAAACUCAGUGGUGACGGAGCCAGAUUCACAAGAUCAUCCAAUAUCAUACUUCUCUCAUUUGCAUUUCCAGAAAUUCAAGACAAUGUUUUAUCAGGCAUGGGCAAUCAUACUUUUGCUGGCCUAAAAGCCGAAGAGUCGUAUGAAACAAUUAGUUCAGGACUAUCUGAGGUAUUGAAGGAGUUGAACGACAUCUUUUCACACCCACUACUCACUGUUGAUGAAACAGAGUACCGCCUUGAGUUUUUCCUGGGUAGUGAUUACAAGUUUCUUUUACUGAGUAUGGGCCUCAACAAAGCAACCUCUAUGUACGCUUGUGUCUGGUGUACCAUCAAGAAGGAUGAAAGGUAUAUCUAUAAUUAUUAUAUGCUUAAACCUAGCUUCCCCAUUUGCCGCUAUAGGUGGGAUAUGUCAAAGGAUAGGGCUGACUACACCGUAACAAAUGCAAGAACAUUGAGUUCCCUACAAGCAAAAGGCGCACUUCCCAGCAGUAAACCAGCAAGUGUACGACUAGGAUCAAUUACAACACCACUACUGAACAUAGAGCCAGACCAUAUAAUACCCGAUGAGCUACACCUACUCCUACGUAUAGCUGACGUUUUAACAAGAAAUCUCAUUCUAGAGAUAGUGGCAUCUGCUAAACAAGACAGACAAGGAAACGCACAUAUACUCACUCACCUACAAACACUACAGACGAUCGUUAAAGACUGUGGUAUCACGUUCAGGGUAUGGGAAGCAAGGGGUCCAGAUGGCAAAGCUUCUGGACAUUACGAAUGGACAUCACUGCAGGGGAACGACACCAAGAAGUUUCUGGAACGUCUCCCAGUGAGGUUUGCUGACCUACUGAAGGAAGAAAUUCAAGCUAAAAUGGCCCAACUUUGGACAGAAUUUCUCUCUUUGUAUAAGAUGGUUUCUAGCUGGACUCCACCUCCCAGUGAAGUGGUUGAGCAAAAGGCGAAAGACUGGAUAAGGCUUUUCUUGAGCUUGAAGCACAAGUGUCAAGGGUUUCAGGAAAAGAAUAUUACGCCCUAUAUGCACACACUGGUCUUUCACUUCCCUUACUUUAUUUCAAAAUACGGAAAUGUCAAGAUGUUUAGUGGACAAGGGGUGGAGAAAAAUAAUGAUGACGCCAAGAGACACUACUUCUCCAGUAAUCUGCAUGACCCAGUGGGGGAGGUUCUGAAAGCUGAAGCGAGAAUAGACGAGACAUCACAAUUUAAGCGAAAGAAACGAAAGUACAUACGAAAAACUCCAUUAGAUUUAGUAGACAUGAACAAACAGCCACGACUUGACUCUGAAUCAUGAUUAAUUCUACCCAACAUAAUAAUAUAGUAU